AUGGCUCCCCGCGGUCGCGGAAAGUUCUCCAAGCCCUCUCGCGGAGGUGGAAAGCGCUUCAGUCGAGAUGUCCAACCCGUCGAUAAAGACGGUAACCCUGUGGGCUUGUGGCGGGACGCAGAUGAGGACGUCCCCUCCUCGAUAGACGAAGAUGAAGAAGACGGCAGCACAUCCGGCUCGGACUCAGACUCCUCCGAAGACGACACCCCAUCCUCCACCAAGCCCGGCCCCUCCUCCUCUAUCCCACCCACAGAUUCCGCAGCAACAGCAGCAGCCCCCGAACUCACCCGUGAAGAGCGCCGCGCAGCAGCAAAGGCUAAAAAGCAAGCUGCGCAGGCCCGUCGACUCCAGACCGCCGCGCAACCGGGCGAUUUACCCCCAUCCUCGUCAGAUGACGAGGACCACUCUGAAGGAUCGGAUGGCGACGAUGAGGAUCUACCGGCGAACCCGAACCAUACGAGUAAAUCUCGGUCUCAGUUGAGUAGUAACGCGACUGGUGGGGGUGCUAGUGGUGGUGGUGAAGGAAAAGGCAAGGAUCAACAGGAUCUGUCGCAGCUCUCGCGACGAGAGAGGGAGGCUAUUGAGGCGCAGCAGGCGAGGGAACGGUACUUGAAGCUGCAUGCGGAGGGGAAGACGGAGGAGGCGAGGGCGGAUUUGGCGCGGUUGGCACUAGUUAGGGAGAAGAGGGAGGCGGAGCGGUUGAGGAAGGAGGUCGAGAAGGAGGAGAAGGCUGAGGCGGCGAAACGGAGGGCGGAGGAGUUGAAGGCGAAGUUGGGGGCGAAGGGAGGUGGGAAGAAGGGAAAGAAGGGGAAAUAA